AUGACGGAGAGGCCGGUAACGGCCGUUACUCGGACCGACCGGUGCGGUCGGACCGCACCCGCUCGUGCGCUCAUUAAGUGGUCUCCCUCCCUCUCACUGUGCUCCCCUGCCCGCACUCAUUCCUCUGCUCUCACUCUCACUCUCUCGCUCCUCUCCUCUCUGCUCUUCGACGCCGGCGGCGACUUGCGCUGUGGAAGCUCCACCGCCGCCAUGCCUUCCUGGAAUGACGGGGAUACAAGCUCAGAGGAUGAGUGCGACAUCACAAGCAUGGACAUGGCUCUUUGGGAGACCCCUGACACCACCGUGGAGCCUCUUUUCUGUGGCCAGCUGGAGCUUUCUGAACCCACCUGCAUGAUGCACCACAUGAGGCCAAUUAAGUGUGUGGCCUUUGAAGGAACCUUAACUGGAAGGCGUUUCUAUGGUUGUCCAAGUGAAGGUGUUAACUGUGGUGUUACUGAGUGGGUUGACAAGCCCUGGCAUCCAAUUCUUCAGAAUUGCUUGUCCAGGCUGUGGGACAUGUACCAUGAACAGAAUUGUGGCAGGGAUGGUAGGGUAGGCCACAUGAAUAACCAGAAGGCAGUUGAGGAGGAAGAAUUUGAGAAGAAGAAGAAAGACGUAGAAGAGAGGGCUAGGUUGGAGGUUCAGAUGGAGAAGCUCAAACUUGCCAAGGAACAGAGGUGCAUUUUACAGAGUCAAGCUGACAUUAUCAAGAAAACCAGGAAGGCAAAGAAGGAGGUUGAACAGGAGAGAGAUUUGCUUAAGAUAGAGAAGGCCAAGCUUGAGCAUGUGGUGAAUGAGCUGCUGAGUGAUGGGCAUGCAAGCAAGGAGAAACUUGAGAAAAUCAAGGCCAUCCUUGAUUCAUGA